GUCACGAUGAUAGUCCAAUACGCAUUGAGAGUGGGACUUCAUUGAGACAGGACGUAGUACAUCACAAACACACACACAAAAUGGGCCUUAAGUUUUUGGUUUUCUUCGUUUGCGUGGGAGUUGCGUCCGCCUUCUUGGCAUCGUACGAAAAUUGCAGCGAGAAAUGCAGCAUAGACGAGAUCCGCAUAGACCCGUGCAACUCAAAGAAGCGAUGCACCUUCAAACUGGGCUCUAACGUGUCUAUAUCUUUUGAUUUCACUCCCUCUUUCACCGCGACGGAAAUGCUGACCGCACUGUACUCCGACCAACACAACGCGAAGCUGACUUCGAUCGGCAACAACGGCAUCGUGGAUGCGUGUGACCUGACCCCCUGCCCCACGGAGCCGGGGAACCAGCAGCUCUUCAACUAUACCCUGCACAUCGGGAAGAAACUGCCCGCGGCAAGUUAUCAGUUCCGAUGGCAGUUGUGGAAUAAAAAUAACGAGGAAGAAUACUGCUGUUUCAAGACCAACGUCAGGCUGAGAAAGUGAUUUACUCUGAGGAAGAAUGACUAGAAAAUAAUUCGUACUAAAAUAUUACUUCGCAUUAAGUAAAAUUACACAUCAAUGCAUCAAUGCUAUUAAAACUAAAACUAAAAUUAUAUACAA